UUAGACCAGUUGUCACACCGUGCAUGGCAUUGCAUUCGACUACAGAGUGAGCUGCGCUCGUGGCUGCGUUCAACAGGAGUCAAGAGACAGUCGCGCGCAUUUAAGAACUUAGAAGCGAUUUACUUAUCGAUAGAGAGGACUGCACGAUACUCCAGUCGGUUCAUUUAGCAUCGAUUCCCACCAGAUCGAGCAUUUUUAAGUGCCAUGUUGCCGUUUUUCGCUUGAGCACAAAGAGCGUCUCGCGCGGUCUCCAGUCCACUUGAGAUAUUUCGCAUCAGAAGAUUUCUGGACAUUUUGGCCAUGGCACCGCCACAGAGCGGAUCUAAUCUAACGGGGAACUUUACAAACCAGUUCGUGCAGCCGCCUUGGCGCGUCGCGCUCUGGUCUGGGGCGUACAGCUUCAUCCUGGCGAUCGCGGUGCUCGGGAAUCUGAUCGUAAUGUGGAUCAUUCUGGCUCACAAGCGGAUGCGAACCGUCACCAAUUACUUUCUGCUCAACCUGGCGUUUUCAGACGCGUCGAUGGCCGCCUUCAACACUUUGAUUAAUUUUAUUUAUGCCACGCACGGAGACUGGUAUUUUGGAGAAGCCUACUGUAAAUUUCACAACUUUUUCCCCGUCACCUCCGUGUUUGCCAGCAUUUACUCCAUGAGCGCAAUAGCGGUCGACAGGUACAUGGCCAUCAUCCAUCCCCUGAAACCACGGCUCUCAGCCACAGCCACUAAGGUUAUCAUUGUGUGUAUUUGGGUGCUGGCUGUGGUUUUGGCUUUUCCUCUGUGUUUCUUUUCAACCAUCAAAAAAUUACCCAACCGGACCCUCUGCUACGUUGCCUGGCCGAGACCUUCAGAAGACCCUUUCAUGUAUCAUAUCAUAGUGGCACUGCUGGUCUACGUUCUGCCCCUGGUGGUCAUGGGAAUUACCUACACUAUUGUCGGGUUGACGCUUUGGGGGGGAGAGAUUCCUGGAGACACAUCAGACAACUAUCAGGGCCAACUGAGAGCCAAAAGAAAGGUGGUGAAAAUGAUGAUCAUCGUUGUGGUGACCUUUGCCAUCUGCUGGCUGCCAUACCAUGUAUAUUUCCUCGUUACGGGGUUGAACAAGCAGCUGGUUAGAUGGAAGUUCAUUCAGCAGAUCUAUUUGUCAGUCAUGUGGCUUGCCAUGAGCUCCACCAUGUACAACCCCAUUAUUUACUUCUGCCUGAACAGCAGAUUUCGGGCCGGCUUUAAACGUGUUUUCCGCUGGUGCCCUUUUGUGCGGGUGUCAGACUAUGACGAGCUUGAGCUGCGGGCCAUGCGGCAUAAAGUAGCACGCCAGAGCAGCAUGUACACACUCUCACGAAUAGAGACCACCGUCGUAGCAGCGUGUGACCCCUCGGAGCCAACCGGACAACCAGGCCGGAAGAGCCUUCACAACCACCAGCAUAACGGCUGCUCCAACUCCAAAAGCAAAGAAGUAACGUAUAUGCCGAGUGACCCAAAGGAGGAAUUCUGCUGAGAUGGACUUUGAUGUAAGAAUUAUGUUGAAGUAUCAAGCACAGCCAUUUAACAAAACCUCAUUAUGUAAACUGAAAUGGGGGUGUUGAGAACUGAAACGUAGACUGCUUAUUUGUGUCAUAUCAUUAAUUGAAAAUUGAGUUUAUAACACACAAACAGCAUUCUGUUUUGUGGAGCAUGUCUGUCAAAUAAAAUUUAAGCCACCCCCAGCACUCACCACCACAAAGACCAAUAUUGUCCAACAUCUGAGGAGCACUUUGUCCAUAGCAGAAAUUGUAGAUAGUGGCUGCUCUUUGAUGCCAAUCAGGUCCUGUCCUCUUUCAUCAUGUGUUUAGCAAGGUUAGCAUGCUAUCUGAAUGCCCAAGUUUUGAUUUCUCCCAGGACCUGAACGCUCAAUUCUUGUUAAAAUAUCUAAUGUUUGAAAAGGUUGAGACCGAUCCGGAGCUGGUAAAUGAGCAGGUGUGUUUCCGGCACACGAGCUGCUUGGCUGAAUCGUGUAGGGAAAAUUGUUAGCUUCAUAUUCUCUCCCGUUUAAUCUAAAACAUUUGAUGUAAUUGAGGAGAUGGUAAACCAAUUGUGCAUCACCUUAUUAGCAUAGCAAAGAUCAAUUUUGAAAUUUGACCUUGUUGUAGACAGAGGCGAUGUUUGGAAUAGCUUACUAGCAUAUUAUUACUACUGCAGUAUGUAUGUGCAGAUUUUCUGUUUGCAUGGAAUGACUUGCUCAUUUGGCAUAGAGCACUGCGUGGGAUGCUGUAUCCCAAAAUGCAAUGCGUAUUACUUUUCAUGACCUUUCAUUUUCAAUGUGAUGAAAGAACAGGCAGUUUUCUUUGUUGUUACAUUGCUUCAUUGGUGUGCUGAUCAAAUUUGUAUUUGUUUCUACAAUAACUAGGCAUUAUAUGCGGAAUUAAACAUGCACAGAGCAAGGUCUUGUUAAAAUAAUGUACAAAAUGUUUUUAACAAGACUUUUUGAAAUAUAACAUACAGUGCAUACAUUGUUGUGCAUUUGAUUUGGCCAAAAUACAGCACAUGAAAUACAGCUUAAUAUAACUGAAGUAUAUCUUGGCAAGUAUUUGUUCCUGUGAUGGCAAAGCUGAAUUUUAAGCAUUGUUACUCUAGUCUUCAGUGUCACAUGAUCCUUCAGAAUUAUUUUAAUAUUCUGAUUUGCUGCUCAAGAAACUAUCAUUAUUAGAAUGGAAAGAAUGGUUGUGUUGCUUAAUAGUUUGUAGAAACAGUCAUACUUUUUUUCAGGAUUCUUUGAUGGAUACUUAAAUAGAAUAGCAUUUAUUUGAAGCAUAAGUUUGCUGUAACAUUAGAAAAGUCUUACUGUCAUCAUCGCUAUAAUGCAUCCUUGAUGAAUACUGGACAUAUUCAUUUCUGCAGCGUGGGGUUUGGGUUUUGUCUGGGUCUGUUUCAUUUUCAUGUUUUGUCACGGUUCCUGUUAGUCACAUGCUUACCUUGCACUCAUGUCUCUUUUGCUAUUUGUUCCCUUGUUCUUUGUGUCAUGUUCUGAUUGGCUGCACUAGUCACUGUGUCAUGCUUUCAUUGGUUUCUUCAUGUCAUAUGACCCUCAUUGUUUUGCAUAAGUAGGCAUGGUUCCAUUGUCAUUUUGUGUAUUAAUGUUGUUACCUGCCUGCUGAGUGUAGUCUGUUCAUGUCAAGUUUUUUUAAGCCAAGUCUGUUCUAUGUCUAGUCAACUCUGUUCAAGUCAAGUCAAGUCAAGUCAAGUCAAGUCAAGUCAAGUCAAGUCAAGUCUAAUCUUUGUCUGUUUGGAUUAUUUGAAUAAAGCUGCACUUAGCUUGUCUUUAGCAGACUCGUUACAAAAUACAUGGCCACGAAAAUGUACCCAGCAGUUUUAAGCCUCUUCGGCAUUAGUCAAUGCGACAGGGCUAUUGAGGACUAUAUUGCAGUCUAUUGUAAUCUCACAAACAAAAUUUCUGAAUUACUGCUUUGUCACACUCCACAUUGGUCACUACAACAGUAUAUUGACUUUGCAUUACGAUUGAGUGGGUACACUUUCACCGUGGGCAUCUUGUAGGAAGAACAUGACAUUCCAAAGCCUGCUCUUGCCAUGUCUGGAGUUAUUCAUGUCAUGCCUGCUACGCCAAAGCCUGCUCAUGUCAUUUCUGCUGCUCCAGGACCUUCUCGCAAAAUGCCAGUUAAGUCAAAGUUUACUCAUGUCAUGUCUGCCAAGCCAGAGUCUGCUAAUGUCAUGUCCGCUACUUCAAAGUCUGCUCAAGUCAUGCCUGCCAAACCUGCUCACAAGAUGGCCGCCCUGCCUGAUCCCUCUGCAAGAUGGCCACCACGCCUGAGCCUCGCCGCGUCAUGGCCAUCGCCAAAAUUUCCCCAAGUGAUUUAAUACCCAUAGCCAUGCACUUUUGAACCCUAUUAAUUUCACCUGCUGUUGGUGAGUGUAGCCUGUUCAUGUCAAGUUUGUUUAAGCCAAGUCUGUUCCAUGUCAAGUCCAGUCUUUGUUUGGAUGUUCAAAUUAUUUGAAUAAAGCUGCACUUGUUGUAUAUUAAUGGCACAUAAUUUAAAUGCUUAAAAUUAGUCAACUCUAAAUCAAAACUAUUACAAUGUAAAAUUAAUCAGAUAAUGUUUAAUAUCAGCUGAUUAAUCAGUUCAACUGACUAGUACAAAAUAUGCUUAAGUAUUAGAUGCAGGGUGUAAGAUGACUGUGGCUACAUCUGCACUAAUUGAAAAAGUGUUUUCAUUUCAAAACGCUCUCCGUUUUGUGUUUCAGGUUUUUCUUUUCCACUCUGAAAUGUGUUUUGAUAAUACUUGUCAUGGUGACAGAGUAAACCAAAGAUUCUUUUAAAUUUCAAUAUUCAAUCAUGAACACAAGUAUAUUAACAACGGACCAACUGAAUGGGGCAAACAAGACUUAAAUAUACAAACACAAUUAGGGAGAACUGAAACAGGUGAAUACACACAGGUUAGGAUGAAUUAAACUAAACAAGAGGAACGUGAACAAAUAAGAAAAACCAGGAAGACAAAAUGAAACCAAGGAGCACCGCUUGGGAGCACAGAGUUCCAAGAGGCCAUGGCAGAGCAGGAAGCUUAAGGACCACAAUUCCUGCCCAUAGCCCACCCGGCCAUGACUAUAUAGCCCCCCCAAAAAACAUUUUUUGGGGAAGUUCCAGUUCUGUGCGAUUAAGGGCUCUAGGGGGCACUCUGGAGGCCUAGGCACUGACUGAGCAGGCACAGGAGAACAGUCAGGAGGAGUGGGUACAGGAGGGUGCAAAGGAUGAGCAUGGAGCUGGCUGAGACCAGCAGAGGCACAAGAGAUGAGGGAGAGAUGAACAGGACAAGCAGAGGCUCAGGAGACAAAGGAGAACUGGAUAGGAUCAGCGGAGGUUCAGGAGAUGAGGAAGAGCUGGAUGAGUCCACUGAAGGCUCAGGUGAGCUAGAUGGGACCAGUGGAGGUUCGGAAGACAAGGGAGAGCUGAAAGGAACCAGUGGAGUCUCAGGGGUGAAGAGACUAUUAGUCUAUUAUUCCUCCUUGGACAAGAUCAGGGCAUGGAGGGCAUGCUGGAGGCGCGGUCACUGGAGGGUGCUCUUGAGGCACCAUCACUGGUAGUGCAUGUCUAUUAUUGCACUUUUGGCUUUCCAUAUGGCAUGCCGGUGGGUUUGGUUGUGUCUCGAUCAGCGGCAAGCUUGCCAUAGGAGCUGGUGUUUCUAGGCUGAGGCCAAAACAACACUGGGAGGAGAUGAGUGGUCAGAGCUGUUGGCAAGGUAUGUGGAAGUGAAAGAGGCACGGCUCGUUCCAUAGGGUACUUGACAAGGAAAUUUGAGGAGUUCAUUGAUUUCCUCUACCUAACGUGUCGUGCCAGCUUACCUCAUUGGAAAUAUUGAGGAAUUUCUCCACCUAUGUCUCCAACGUCCGCUCACUCUGUCCGGACAGCCUGUCCUCAGCCAUGUGGUCUCUGUUGGUUCUUCUGUAACGAGACGUUUUUAUAGUAACUUGUCACAAUGACGGAGUAAACUAAAGAUUCUUUUAAUUUCAGUAUUCAGUCAUCAACACAUGUAUAACAUUUAGUAACAUUAAUAACAAGAACUGAUCAACUAAUUAACUGAAUUAAACUGAACAAGAAGAGGAACAUGACCAAAUAAGGAAAACCAGGAGAACAGACAAAACAAAAUCAACAUAUUCUGUAACAGAUACAGAGGGACCACACAUACGUCCUCACUGUAUUCUUCUGACACAAUCGGUUUAUUACCAAAAUGUGUUGCAAUCAAACAGGCACACAACGUCAUAAAAUCUUGAUAUUUGGUUAAAUUUGGGUUGCGACGUUGGGUGAUCAAGAUUGAACAUCUAAUGUAAAUUUUAGGUUGUGUAACCAAAAUCCAUUGUUAAGUCAACGUCAAAUACUGACGUCAACUCAAUUUUUAUUUUCAAAAAAUUCAUCGUCUGUCCGACGUCAUGUCCAACAUUAAUCUGAAGUUAAAUAGACAUCCAGUGCCUGAUGGGUUGAUUUAAAAUGACAACUGCCCUCAUGAUUUGCCACAGAACAGCUACAUUUUCUAUCAUCGUUGCAGAAAUGGAAUAUGAAUACUGUAUAAAGUAGCCUAUCUUUAACAACACUGUAAAAGGGAAUGCCCACAUGACGGAAAAAUACCGGUAUAAACUUAGAUAUCUUAUCUCAUCGUACCCUCUGUGUUUUCAGAUUUAUCCUUUUGAGAGUGCAUCUUCCAAAAAAAAAAAUUCUUAGGACAAAAAUGGCACCUCGGUAUAGAUGGAAAGCCAAAACAUAGAGAAAAAAACACAGCUUCUAAUGUAGACAGAGUUUGUGUUUUUCUUGUGACGUAUUUCUGCAAAGAAAAAUAGGUGCUAUAUUUGGUUUACCUGAAUCAGGUAAAUCACUGAGACUGAAGCUGGUGUGAUUUAUCUGGUCUGUUUCACUGGCAUUGCAUCAUUACUUUAAAUGGAAGUCAGUCACCUUUUUGCAGCUGGCAACUAUAUUCUGGGAGCAAUGAAAGUGGAGCUACUUGCUUAUCUGCCAACUCAGCGACUGGCACAAACUAUAACUGAAUGUUAUUGUGACGAUUAUAACAUAUAACUUCUUAUCAAACUUAUGAUCGCACGGUUUCCACAACAGAUCAAUACCUCAUAUUGUUUUUCUUAUCAUUUACCUUCAAGUUUUUCAGUUCGUUUUUCCAUUUUAGCCUUUACUUCUUAGUUUUUCAGAUUUCUCUGAAACUCUGCCAGGAAAGCUGGUGUUUGGUUUGUACUGUUCAAUGAAGCUUCCAGCUGAGCAGCAGUGAGGGGUCUGUUUCUCAAACUAGAGACUGUGAUGUAUUUGUCAUCUUGUUGUUGAUCAUUGGGUUGUCCACAAUCUGUCCUGGUUAGAUCUAGUUUUCUUUCUUCUUCAAAGACAGUAGUCAUGGAACAGCCUUAAUCUUACGUAAAAACAGACUGAUGAGUUUCUAGAGCAAAAAGAUGUUGGUGUCUGGCCUUUUCUAAAAAUAUGACAAAUAUCUUUCAGAAACAAACAAACCAACAAAAACUGAUUUCCACAUAGAUGUUUCAAGUGCUACAAUACAUUAGAAUAUAUUGUAAUAAAAGACUGGAGAAUGGAUGAUAGAAGUGAGGAUUGCAUAAGAAGUUAAAAUUGUAUUUAGUAAACAUAAAUGUUAUAAUAUAUGAACUGUUAUAAUAUUGUAACAACAAUUAUUUAUUAUUAUUAUUAUUGCUAUUGCUAUUGUCACACCUUUUUCUUUCUACAAUCAAACCAAAAAGAAUCAGGUUGAAGAUGAAAGGAAGAAUUUUGAUACCUGGAUGGACCUUACCUUGUUCAGACUCGAGGUGAUGCAAGUGCUCCAUUUAAAUUCUCUCUUAUCUUGUCCUUAGGUUGUUUUCCAGAGUUUGUACUUGACUCUCAUGAUAUGCUCCAAGUCUGCUCUUGCUUGGUGUCUUUAUUUGAAGCUCAGUGUUAUUGCUCAUAUAUCAUAACAGGUUAAUAGUUUCCCCCUGAGAAUUCAUAUUUUGUCAUUUACUCACACUGUCAUUCCAACAGUGAGCUUUAAAAAAAGAACAUUUGCAGAAAUAUGGGCUGCUGUUUAUUAUUAUAUAUUUGAAUAGAUCAGACUCCCAGUGGACAUUUGUCCAGCGUAUAUUAUUUUCCUCCUUUCCUCCUCCAGUGUACCCAUUUAGAAGCAAUUAUGAGGGAAUCCAUCACUAAUAAACACAGAACAAAAUCUAUAGCUGGCUUAGCUAUAGUCAUUGACUGGUUAAGCCUAAGGUGUGCUUGCCACAAACUUGACUCUUAAGUUGUUCCCUGGAAAACAUGUCUGGAGGCCUUGGUAUGCUCACCCUCACUGCACCACCAAUUGCAAGUUUAAUGGAUUUUUUCCAGGUGAGGAAAGCCAGCUGUGGCCACUCAGAUAAAAACGGUUUGUGCUCACUGUUUAUGCACAUGUGCACCCAACACGUGUUUAUAAAUACAUGCAUAAAGCAUAUAUGUACGAUAGUAUAGUGAUUCUUUUAAUAAUUGUAUGUUUGUGAUUGUAUUGUGGAUUUUUGACACUUUAUUGUGUCUUUGUCCUAGUAAAACAUAGCUUUAAGGUAGAAAACUAAUAAUAUGUAGUAUUAUUUUUUAUUAUUUACAGGAAGACAUGUGUGAAUUCCUGCAAAUAUCCUUGAAAACAGGUAAUAUUACAAAUUUAUAAAAAUUAAAAAAAGGUUUCUUUAAAAGCCUUAAUAUUCAUUUACAAUACUGUUUAAAAGUGUAUGGUCAGUUAGAUUUUUUUUUUAAACAUAAUAAUUGAUAUUAUUAGUUAAUUCGAUAAAAAAAGUGAUAAUUUUGCUAAAUAUUUAAAUAUAAUGCCAUACUAUAUAUGUAUAAAUGGCAUAUAUAUCCUAAAGAAAAAGAUGAUAAGAAAUGUUCCUUGAGCAGAAAAUCAAUGAUUUACGAAGGGUCUUGUGACACUGAAGACUAAACUUGCUUUUCCAUCAUAAAAAUAAAUUGCAUCCAGUUUUAAAAUGUUAUUGUUUUUACCGUAUUUCUAAUAAAAUAAAUGCAGUCUUCAUAAACAUAAAAAAUGUAAUGGAAGUGUACAUUUCACUGUAUAUAAAUAUUUAAAGAGUCAUCAAUGUAAUGAUUAAUGAAGCUUUUAACAUUUAACUAUGGACUAAAUGACCUAUAGACAACCAUAAGGUAAUGACUCUCACAGCGACAGUUUCACUGACACCACCUUUGUCCUUUGAUGUUGUUUGAACAGAGCACUUCUGGCAUUUUGUGGCCUGGUUUCUUGUAUCAUAUCAGCUCUUUAAAUCACUUGCAUUGCUCUGUGUCCUUUAAGUGACAUUCCUUGACUCCUUCGGACCUUUUCACCUCGCCUUACGUUUACGUUUCAGUGAUCAUCUUGCAUAUCAAUAACCUUUCAUUUUUGCAUAGCUGCACUGCUAUUUUGGACAAGCUUACAACCAAUGGUUUUUGUGAAUAGAUCAAUGCACCUGCCUAGUGAAUGUGCUGAGACCAUUUGAAAGUAUUAACCAUGAAUGUAGAAUACGUCAUGGACAUCUUUUGACAGUGUUGAGCAUGUCUAGUAUUUUAAACUAACAAUGAAUGAAUGGUCAUACCAUUAUCAACUCCCUUCAGUUUGAGAGAGCACUUGUGAAUGUAUACAUGUCAGAGCAUCAGAGCAUGUCCUUAUUGCCUUAUCACUGUGUUUCUGAAUUUCAUUUAAGUUAAAAAGCAUUAUAUAACCUAAAUGGAGUGCGUUCAGCAACUGUACAGUACUGUGUCGUAGUUUGUCAUGCAUUUUGUUGAUUCCAGUGUGUACAGUUUAAAGAGACGCACUUUGCUUUUUUUCUCUUCCAAAUGUUUAAUUGUGUUUGAAGUCUGAUGCUCAGUGGAUUUUUGUUAGCCAUUCCUAUUACAAUUUAACACAAGGACAUUUGAAUUAUUGUUUAUACUGUAGUUAUGUAAGUAUAACGCUCUGUACUUGUGGAUGUUUGUGCUGGUUCUUACAUGUAUUAUCUAAAACAGAGUUAUUAUAUGUAAUUAGAUAAGCUUUAAGAUUUUUUCAUUUAGGUAUAACUAAAAAACGAUUGUAUAAUCAUCAGUCAUAUAACUAUAAGCUCAACUGUUUGUAUGCAUUAUUAAUAGCUUGUAACAAAUUUGCCUUUUUUAAGCUAUGGUUUUCUUAUUAAAGUCUUGUGCAAACAAGCAAACGUGCCAUUUGCUAAAUGACUACACUGGUUUACAAGCAUGCACGUUAAAGGAACAGUUGACCAAAAAUGAAAUUUUGCUAAUAAUAUUUUUAUCCACAGGCCAUCAAAGAUUAGUUCUUUGGGUCAGAUUUGAAAAAAUUACAUCACCUGCUCACCAAUUGAUUCACUGCAGCGAAUGGGUGCCGUCAGAAUGAGAAUCCAAACAGCUGAUAUAAUAAUAAUUCACAAAUAAUCCUGUCCAUCAAUUAACAUUUUGUGUUAAAUGAAAAACUGCAUAUUUGUAAGAAACAAACUAAAAACAUAUCCGUAAUAAUACUUCUUUCCUGAUUCCAACAAGAUUACUUUUUUUACUGGAGAAAGUGAUAUUAUGACUAGAGCUGAAUGAUUAGAAGUUAAAAAUGUCUUUUUAUUACAAAUAUGACACAUUUAGCUUCACAAGGCUUUACCAGCUAUUUGGACGCUCAUUCUGAUGGCACCCAUUCACUGAUGAGGAUCCAUUGGUGAGCAAAUGAUACAUUUCUCCGAACCUUUUUUAAAAAGACAAACUCAUCUACACUUAGAUGACCUAAAGGGUAAAACAUUUUCAGCAAAUUUUCAUUUCUGGGUGAACUAUUUCUUUAAGGAAGCAUGAAAACAGCGCUAUGUAUUACAUUAGGUAAGUUUUUACAAGUGACUAGCUUUUUUGAUAAUGGUGUUGUCUGAUUGCACAAGAUAAGAGUGUUUAUUAAUUUGUGUCAUGUCUUCUGUGAUCCUUAACUUUUUUUUUAAGUUGAAUGUGUCGAAAAGCUCUGUACUGCCAAUGUUUUUGUUGGAUAUUCUGACUCUAGUACAAGUAUUGUAAUUGCCAAACUGUGAUAGAUGAAAAUAAAUGUGUUCGAAGUCUUUUAAAAUGA